UUUUUUUUUUUUUUAAUCACCUCUUCACUGGGUACAAAGGUUAAAACAAAGUGAAGUGCAAUCAUGUGACACUUUUUUUUUUAAUGGUGUAGAAGAAAGAGAGUAGAUUCCUUACUUACAGAGACAAAAGAAAAAAAGCAAAGGCCUGUGAUAUGAAAACCAUAAGCAUCACAAUAUUGUUUUGGCUGCUCUCCAUCCUAUUAUUAUCAGAUGAAAGCCAGACUUCUAAAAUAGAAGUCACGUAUAAUUACACUGCAAAGAAUUAUACUUUGAUUCCAGAGAAUAUCAAUAAAGAUGUUACUAUACUUGAUCUCAGUUAUAAUCAAAUUACUCUGAAUAUUACAGACACAAGGGUUCUACAGACUUAUUUUUUACUCACUGAGCUCUAUUUGAUUGAGAAUAAUGUCAUUAUCUUACAUAAUAAUAGUUUUGGUAAACUCUCCAAUCUAGAAAUCUUAAAUAUUUGUAGAAACUCCAUCCACAUAAUUCAACAUAAUGCCUUUAUAGGCUUAAAUAAACUAAAACAGUUACAUCUCUGCCAAAACAAAAUAUUACAACUGAAUUCUGAUAUAUUUAUACCUCUAAAAAACCUGAUACUACUGAAUCUGCAAGGCAAUUUGAUAAGCUAUUUUGAUGUACCACAACUGUUUCAUCUGGAAUUCAUAAUUUUAUAUGGAAAUCCAUGGAACUGCUCUUGUAGUCUACUGAGUUUGCAAAACUGGUUGAAUACAUCAAAUGUGACACUAGAAAAUGAAAACAUCACCAUGUGUAGCUAUCCAGAUAUCCUGAACCGCUACAAUAUCAAAAUGGUACCUUACGAGGCUAACUGCUACUCAAAAUUUCCUUCACCUAUAACUGCAGACCUUUAUCAUUUUCAGUCCGUUAGAGAUUCAACAUUUAAUAGCUCUUUGAACAACUUAACAAGUAAUUCAGAACAUGAAUCUCAUGGAAAAAGCUGGACUCUUCUUAUUGGUGUUGUAGUCACUGUACUGGUGACUUCACUCCUCAUUUCGAUUGCUAUCAAGUGUCCCGUAUGGUACAAUUUUCUGCUUAGUUAUAAUCAUCAUCGCCUGGAAGAACAUGAAGCAGAAACCUAUGAAGACAGUUUUACUGGAAAUCCAAGUUCUCCUUCACAGAUACAAGAUACAAACUCUGAAGAAACUACAGUAAUAUUUGAACAACUGCACUCAUUUGUGGUAGAUGAUGAUGGGUUUAUUGAAGACAAAUAUAUAGAUACUCAUGAAUUACAUGAAGAAAAUUAAUUUCUUUCAAUAUUUGACUCUUUUAAAAAUGUUUCCAGCUCACUCACAGUUUAGACAUGGAGAUUUUGAUAUGUGAUAUAGUAAACUGUAGCUAGUGACAUUCAUAUUAAUUGCAACCCACAUAAAUAUCAUAAAAUCAUGUUCUUGUCAUUGAUUGUGCAAGUAAAUCCAAAUACAGUAAGUGCCACUCCUUGGUAGCUAACAUUUAAAAUAUUAGUAUUACUAAUCUCAGCAGUAUUCAGGAGAUCACAUAUAACAGGAUAAAAAGGCAUAAAGUAAAUUAUUAAUUAAAACAGGUGGAUCCUCAAAUUAGACAUUUGAUGUAAUACAUAUUAAAUUCAAGUUUUACUCAUUUGAAUCAGUAAAGAAAUAAAGAUUUUGGAUUUUUAUCAUGAGUCAAAGUGAAUAACGGAUAAUUUGAAUCGACAACACACUAAGAUUGAUUUUAUAGUCACAAUGAAUUCACAGGAUUGGGAAAUGCUUUAAAUUUUUUCAAAUGCUCCCUGAAUAGGCACAACAAAUUUCUGAAAACUUAGUAGUAAGUUAAAGCACAGGCAUAAUGUCUAGGCAUAAUCGCUAAUAAAUUACUAUUUUAAAUAAAGACUCUCAUCACAAUGCAUGAUUGCCACAACUAAAUAAUAUGGUAGCUUCCAAAGUUGGUGGCUUCCAACUGAAUAAUAUGGUGGCUUUCAAAUUAGCUAUGAAUCUUGUUUUUAAAAAUACCUAUUUCCGUCUCUCUUUGGGAGAUUUUUAUUUGAAUUGCUCUAUGGUCAGUUCUUCCGGAUUCUGUACACAGAGCAGUGUUUCCCAAAUUGUUUUCUAUAACAUUAAUUUCCAGAGAGACAUUCAGAAGUAUUUACAAGAUGGAGGAAAAAGGUACAUGGUCAAACUAAAAUUACUACAGGAAACACUAGGUUUAAACAAAGUGAAACAGGCUUCUUCUUUUUUCUUUUUUUUUUUUUUCUUUUUGCUAUUUCUUUGGGCCGCUCCCGCGGCAUAUGGAGGUUCCCAGGCUAGGGGUCCAAUCGGAGCUGUAGCUGCCAGCCUACGCCAGAGCCACAGCAACGCGGGAUCCGAGCCAUGUCUGCAACCCACACCACAGCUCACGGCAAUGCCGGACCGUCAACCCACUGAGCAAGGGCAGGGACCGAACCCGCAACCUCAUGGUUCCUAGUCGGAUUCGUUAACCACUGCGCCACCACGGGAACUCCGAAACAGGAUUCUUUAUUACAGGACUUACCCAAGACUUUACUAAUAAGAUAAAUUGUUCUCUGUUCUUCAAGAGCAAAGUAUUAAGAAUCUGCUGAACUUCCUUAAAAAAAUCUUUUCUUUGAGGUAUGUCUCCAAUAGCUAGCUAAUAACAUAUCACAAUAAUGAUCCAAAGAACACAAUGGCCUUGAGACUAUAUAGGAAGAAUCUAAAGUGAAUUAUUUGCCAAUUCCUUAUAAUCGAUUGGCUACAACCAUAAUUUUAACAACUUAAUGCAAAUACUGGCAAUAAAAACUGUAAUAAACCUAUUAUUUUUACCUUCCAUAUGUGGGGAAAGUGAGUAUAUUUAUAUCUUUUAGAAAAAAGAUUAUCUCUAAAACACUGAAUAUAUUUAUAGAUUAAAAAAUAUGAUGUUUUAGAUUUUCUUCAACAUGACACAGGUAAGGGAAAUGUGGCUAGCAGUGUGGAUAGAACAGUGUCGGAAAAAAGCGAUGGACCUGGGAGAUGGGUGCACAGGAGUAUAUACACUCUUUUCUUUUCAGGUAUGUUCAAAUUUCUCUGUAACAUAAAGGUUUUAAAAUGUGUAUGUACGUGGUGGUUUCCUAGAAAAAGAGACUAAAAAUAAUUUAGAUGUAUAUUAUAUUCUAACAAUAGUUAUUUCCAAGGUUAUAUCAAAAGUAAAUUCAGUUCAAAUGUCUACUAAGUAAAUAAAAACUGUUCCCUUGUGAAAUAAAACAACUGACUCAUAAUGCAUAUUUGUUUAUAUUUAAUGGAACAUGUUUUCAAUAAAGAAUAUAAAUACUUA